AUGAACGAUUUAAUUGAAGAAUGCCUAAAUAAAGAAAAUAUCAAAAUUUAUGAAUAUUCUUGUUUCAAGGAUGUUAGAUUCAUUGGAGAAGGGGCAUACGGAAAAGUACAACGCGCUACUCUCAAAAGUGAUGGAGUUAUUGUCGCAUUAAAAUCAUUUAAAAAUAUUGUGGAUAACGAGGAAAUUGUUAAAGAGCAUUCAAACAAUAUACUUGUUCAUCAAAAGUGUAUUAAGCUUUCAGACUUUGGGCUUUCAAAGAGAUUAGAUGAGGCGACAAAUUCAAAACAAAAAUGUUGCGGGGUUUUUGCAUAUAUGGAUCCACAGAGUUUUAACUUUUUAAGUACCAAUGAUGAACAAACUAUGAGUAGAAUUGGCCCAUAUACCCAGCAAAUUCGGCAAGUUCCUUUAAGCCUGCAAGAUUCAAGUACCAAUGGUGAACAAGUUAUAAAUAGAAUUGGUCCAGAUAUCCAGCAUGCUCAUCAAGUCCCUAUAAAUACCAAUGGUGAACAAACUAUAAAUAGAAACAUUGUCACAAGCCACAGAAUAACAACCCUAAUAUCACGAAAAAAUGGUGCAUCCGGAAAAUGUAUGUCAGAUUGGUGCGCCGCAAUGGCGGUAGAAAUUAGAUUUUCUGAAGAAAUACAUCAUAUUCUCGUUAAUGCUGGAUAUUUUAAAGAUUAG